UACGUUUUCCCGCGAAAGCGUCCUCUGCUCAGAUGACAGCUAGAGUGUGGGGAGCUGGCCACCACUUUUCUACAGACAUUUCGGCGUGAAGGGAAAAAGUCCUGUAGGUCCUCGUAUUUGAGAACAUUUUUAAUCGAAUCGGGGGCUGACGACCCGUCUUCCUGCAAAGGACCGGCACCGCGGAUCUUUAGCAGGCAAGAAUAGAUUGUUCCUUGCGCGAAAGUCAUAAUUUCUUUCCGGGAGGUGGUGGCGCACGCCUGUAAUCCCAGCACUCGGGAGGCAGAGGCAGGCGGAUCUCUGUGAGUUCGAGGUCAGCCUGGUCUACAGAGCAAGUUCUAGGACAGCUGGGGCUAUGCAGAGAAACCCUGUUUUGAGCCCUCCCACCCAAAGAAGUGAAAUUCAACAUAAGCAAAUCUUACUGAAGUACAUGUAAGUAAAGCCAUCGAAGGCCAGGACCUCAGAAGUGCUGACUUGAUUAUGUUGUAUCGUUCAAGCCAGAGUCAGAGUGAAUGAAAUCUUUGCCUCCACCUAAAAGGAUGGAGGCAGACGAACAGCAGUGUCCACGGAAGACAGAUUUUUACGUGGAAUUGCCAAAAGUGGAGUUGCAUGCCCACUUGAAUGGCUCCAUUAGUUCCAGUACCAUGAAGAAACUGAUAGCCAAGAAGCCACAUCUUAAAGUUCAUGAUCACAUGACCAUGAUUGACAAGGGAAACAAAAGAACUUUAGAAGAAUGUUUCCAGAUGUUCCAAGUUAUCCACCAGCUUACUACUAGUGCUGAGGAUAUUCUGAUGGUCACAAAGGAUGUCAUUAAGGAAUUUGCGGACGAUGGUGUCAAGUACUUGGAGCUGAGGAGCACACCCAGAGGAGACAGUGCCACUGGAAUGACAAAGAAGACUUACGUGGAAUCCAUACUUGAAGGCAUAAAACAGUGCAAACAAGAAAACUUACAUAUCGAUGUUAGGUAUUUGAUGGCAAUUGACAGAAGAGGUGGCCUAACGGUAGCCAAGGAGACAGUUGAACUUGCUAAAGAGUUCUUCCUCUCUACUGAGGAUACAGUUCUUGGCCUUGACCUCAGUGGAGACCCUACUAUAGGACAAGCAAAAGACUUCUUGGAACCUCUUUUAGAAGCUAAAAGAGCAGGUCUGAAGUUGGCUUUGCAUCUUGCAGAGAUUCCAGAUAAGAAAAAAGAAACACAAAUGCUGCUGGAUUUGCUUCCUGACAGAAUCGGACAUGGAACGUUCCUCAACUCCGCCGAGGGAGGCGCCAUGGGUCAUGUGGAUUUUGUGAGGCAACACCGGAUACCUCUGGAACUUUGUUUGACCUCAAACAUCAAAAGCCAGACAGUUCCAUCUUAUGACCAGCAUCACUUUGGAUUCUGGUACAGCAUUGCUCAUCCUUCUGUGAUCUGUACUGAUGACAAGGGUGUCUUUUCGACAAACCUUUCUCAAGAAUAUCAACUGGCAGCGGAAACAUUUAAUUUGACCCCGUCUCAAGUGUGGGAUCUGUCUUAUGAAUCCAUCAGCUACAUCUUCGCUUCUGACAACACCAGAUCUGAACUGAGAAGUUGGUGGAAUCACCUGAAGCCGAAAGUGUUCCACUUUUAAGCUGGGGUGAGGUGAACUACUUCCGACUAUAUGUUGUAGCCAAGAACUGCCGCAUCCACUCAGUGAACUAUCCACUACUUCCCUUGAAGCCAGGACCAAGUCUAUGUGGGGUUUUGACAUCAGUAAGAGCCCUGAGGCCUUGCAUGCUUCACCACCAUGCUGCUUGCUAGAGGACUGGAGGGUCAUUAAAUCCCUCAUCCACUAGUGACUUUCUUUUUCAGUUAGCACUCUCUUGCCGUUACUGAUCGUUUGUCUUCAGGAAGACCUCUGUGUUUUGUUAGCUUUAAUCAGACCCUCGCCACCUCUUCUAACCCUUUCAGGUAUUGUUUCUUAAGACAGUUGAUGCCAGGCCACAUUGCACAGCACAGCCCUUCGUGUGGGUGCCUUGUUGUCAGGUGACCCCGUAGUGACAAAGCUAGAAUCUGGAUUUGUCCUUCUUAUAAUAUCUUUAGAAAUAUAUAAAGAGGAUUGAAGUAAUUACUUCAGUUUAAGAAAAGGAAAGAAUUGCUGGCUCAAGGUAAGAGAAAGACAUAAGGCUGGAGCUUCACUUUUAAAAUCAGCUUCUAUUUAGCUUUCAUUGUGGAAGCUGCCAGGACUUCUACAGUGCCAGGACUCGCUGAGAAGAUCUUUCUAGUAAGAGUAGCAUUGUGGCGUCUAGGGUUCUUAGAUCUCCUAUACCCUCAUGCCCACAGGCACAGGCUUCAUAAACACACAUAUGCCACGACCACUUUAGCCAAAGACAAGGGACAACUAAGAUUGGCUCUGCAUGGUAAGAGAAAACUUUAACAGAUAACAGAUGUUCUGGUUAGUUUUUUUGUUUGUUUUUUAACUUGACACAGGCUAGAGUCAUUUGGGAAGAAGAACCCUAAACUGAGAAAAUGCUCCCACCAGAUUGGCCUAAUCAGUGCUUAAUCAGUUGGUUGGCCCAUCCCACAGAGGGUGAUACCACCCCAGGCAGGUGGUUCUGGGUGGAAUAAGAAAGGAAAUUGAGCAGGCGACAAGGAGCAGGCCAGUAGGCAGCACUCUUCCGUUGCUCCAGUUCCAGUUUCUGCCUCCACUUUCUAGGACGAUGGGCUACAAAUUAUAAGAAGAAAUAACCCUUCUUCCUCACGUUGCUUUUGGUCAUAGUGUUUUAUCACAGCAUUAAAAGCCCUGAGACAGUGCUUGACUUGCUCUCCUCCUUAGAAUGCCUGUUUCCCUGACCACAGAGAAGCCUGAUGGCACCCUUAAUUCAGUUACUAAGGUGAGACUUCUGUGUGUCUUUCUGUUAGGGUGCACAGUAGAAGGAGGAACUUUCAAGUUCACAGAUGUUUUAUAACCUUACAUUUCUAACUAUAUCCAUUUAUACAGGGUUUUUGUUGUUGUUGUUUUGUUUUUUUGAGACAGGGUUUCCCUGUGUAACAGUCCUAGCUGUCCUGGAACUAGCUCUUGUAGACCAGGCUGGCCUCAAAUUCACAGAGAUCGCCUGCCUCUGCCUCCCAAGUGCUGGAAUUAAAGGUGUGCCACCACCGCCCGGUUUAUACAGAUUUUUAAAAAAAUCCAUAAAAUGUCACCAUUUUCCCACCAACAUAUUUUUACUGAUUAUUUGGGAGUUUCACAUACUGUACCCUGAUCCCAUUAAUCUCCCUGUCUUCCUAAGUCCACUCCACCUCCCUUUUGACCUCCCCCAAAGAAAAGGGAAAAAAAAAUACCAAGUUCAAUUUGUGUUGCCCAUGUACUACUCACUGGAGCAUGAUCAAACUCCCAGUGGCCAGCCCCUUAAAGAAAACCGAGUCCUUUCCCACCCUACCUCUGUCAGAAGCCGCCAGCUGUGAAGAGCUACACUUCAGAAUCCCUAUCACAAAUUUUAUAGUUCUCUUCAGGGGCUUCCUGUCUAGACUGGUUCUUUUUUGGAGUGUGGGGGAAAGAGGUCUCUCAUUCUCAGCUUUGAGUCUGCAGUCAUCAAUUCCACGCAAAAGCAGCUUCCUCGCCCUGUAGUCAGUGUCAGCACAGAUCAUGGACAUCUACAAGGACUUUGGUGGUAACAGACCGCAGACACCACCGCGGUCCCUGGCAGCCGGACAGACUUGGGACAUCAACAUGGCCUUGGGCAGCACAGACCACAGCAUUCUUUUCUUUACUGUGCUGGGGGAUUGAAUACAGGACCUUGCCCAUGCUAGGCAAGUACUUUGCCACUGAGCUGUAUCUUCACCCUCCAUGUAGGUCAUUUUAUAAAGCAGUGGUGGCACAC